GAAAUAAGAAAGAAAGCGGCUUUUAUAAGGUUUUGAAUGGUGAAGUUGACAUGAUAGAGGAAGAGUACCAGUCUAAUAAAAUUUCACUGACAUCAGAAGGGGUUUAUGAAGUAGAAAGACUUAUAGAAAAGAGAAAAAUUAAAGGCAUAGAUUAUUUCUUAGUGUUAUGGAAAGGCUACUCUAAAGAAGAAGCUUCUUGGGUUCCAUACUGGGACAUUACUGAGCUAGCUAUCCAGUUAUUUCAUGAACCUCAACCAGUAAAGAGAGCAAUACUAGAUGCAGUUAGUACUUUCUCUGUUGCUAUUCAGAGUAGUUUAAGAGCUGGUCUUCUUGCUAAGCGAGCUGUGACUCUUGAAUUUCCAAGGAAUGUAUUCAAGUACCUUUUCCAAGACAAAGGAACUCUUGUUAAGGGUAAACCUGGGAAGCUGUAUGAAAGAGGAGACUUUUCUUCGGAGUUUUUCAAUGAACUGCACUUCUCUUGCUACAAUAAGGAUGGUGAUGGCUGUUUUGUGACUUUUCCCAUAUAUAUGUACAGCCAUAUUAAAUUCUGUCAUCAGAGCUUUGACUCUGAUGGUAGGAAACUUAAUCGUAGUUUUACAGAGACUCUUUCUUUGAAACUGAUAAAGUCUUAUUGUCAUCAAUAAUA